AAGACACGUGGGCAUCAGCUGCGCCGCACCCGCACCGUCAGAGACCAUGUGGCGGCGCGCUGGAGCCGGGCCGCUCCGCCACCACCUCGCUGCAGCCGCCGCCGCCGCCGCCGGCCGCCGAGUUAAUCGACGCCCGCUGCCUCCUAUAACCACCGCCGCAUCCUCCCCCGCCUCUUGCUCUACCCUGUCCCAGCACAAUCUUGGAAUCUUGUGGGGUUCCUCUUCUGUCGGGGCUCCCUUCCGGAGCCUGUCGAACCAGUCAAGCGGCGGCGGCGGCGCGUGCUGGAGCUGCGGUGCGACAGGCGCGUUCCUCUCCUGCGGGUCCUGCGGGAGCGUGCAGCCCGUCGACCCCGCCGUCGACUACUUCCAAAUAUUUGGCCUAAAAAGAGAAUAUAAUAUAAAGGAUAAUAACUUGGAAGGGAAGUACAAGGACUGGCAGAAGAAGUUACAUCCUGACCUAGUUCACUCGAAAUCUGAGAAAGAGAGGGGCUAUGCUGCGGAGCAGUCAGCACUUGUGAUUGAUGCAUACCGCACACUCAGCAAACCUUUACCAAGGGCACUGUACUUGUUGAAACUCGAAGGGAUACAUGUCGAUGAAGAAAAGACUAUCAAUGAUCCAGAACUUCUUAUGGAGAUGAUGGAGAUACGGGAAGCUGUCAGCGAUGCCAGUGAUUCUCAAACUCUGGAGAAGAUCCAAUCUCAGAUUAAGGAAAAGCUUGAAACCUGGUCCGGUUCCUUCCAGGAGGCAUUUGACAAGAAGGAUUUUGACCGUGCAGUGGAAGCUACACAGAGAAUGAGGUACUAUGAACGUGCAGUAGAAGAAACCGUGAAGAAGCUCUGAUUUUCAGUUACAGCUGUCAAAGGUGGUGAGGCUUGGGAAUUUUUUCGUACGUUCCUUGCCGCUCCCCCUGUGCUCACGCUGCUACAUUGCAACAGUGUUUGUUAGUGAGGACUACAGAAGAGCAUACGUUGUAAUGCUAAAUUCCAAAUGUAUCCAUGGCUGGUAGCCUGGUACAGAGUAGGGGUUUUUUUUUUUUUUGACUCGGUACUUCCCACAAUUCCAAAUUCAUCCAGGGCUGUCCAUAUAAACUAAAAGAGUAAAAUAGUAAACAGUGAUUCAGAAUAAGGCUUUGAUGCCAUAAUUUUAUAGAGUACAACAAAACUUGGUUUUUC